AUGGACGAAAGAAAAGACGCUGCCGAGUCAAAGGACAGGCCCGCAUCACGGCGCCGGCCCGGUCGUCCACGGAUGAGCGAGACUGCUCAAGAAACGCCAGGUGAAGAAGCUAGGAGGACCCGAAUGAGACUUGCACAGCGAUCGUACCGUAGCCGAAAACAGGGCGCGUUGACGUUAGCGAAAGCGCGAGCUGACGUACUCGAGGCGGCUUUGGAUGGCUCGAUUGAAGAGUUUAUCAAGUUUUAUGAACAUGUCUCACAAAGCGGCAAUGAGCUGCCAGCGGGGCUUCUGACACAGCUCAACCAGACAGCAAUGAAUAUCGUGUUUAUAGCAAGAAAGGCUCGCCUGGAGAAGUCCAUGCUGGUUGGUGAACAGGAUCGGACUCCCCACGAUGGCGCGACAGACGCGGCUGAAGAGUCUGGCGCAGGUCACCAGCCCGCGGACCGGCCGAUAUGCAGUCCUGCUGCCGAGACUCGAUUUACUGAGGUUCGACCGCUCAAGAAACCGCACAAGCUAUGCACCAGCGACAAACCAGCGCCCGUAUCGCAGCGGUUGAUGUUGGCCUGCCUAAGGAGAGCCAUUUCACUUCUGCAGCAGGGACACUUUCCUGUUGUCGCGGUCAAUCCGGCGAUGCUCCUACCACUGCAGUUGGAACGCGCAGAACGGCUUCUCGAGAGGGUUGCUCACCGUCUUUCCGGGAGCCCGAGCUUAUUUUCCGCUGAUUGUCAAUACAGCGAUGGUCGAAACUUGUAUUUGCCCAAGUUGAUGAGACUGGUCGAGGGCAACCUGAACACAUUAACGCCGCGAUUUUCACCGCCGAACCUGCAGACCUUACAAUUUGGGAGGACAAGAACGAUGCUUCACACGGCUAUUUCCGACUUUCAAGGCGAAUGGCUUGAGGCACCAGACGUUGAAGAAUAUCUUGAGCAGCGAGGAAUUUUCGUGCGCAUGGGCAACCCCAGUGAUGUUAUCAGCCUAUCAGCGCCUGCGCUUGACGACGAGCCGCCACGGGGGCCUUCGGUAUCGAGCAUGCAUAGUCUCCAUUACGUGAACGAGCCUUCAUUGCAGACACUAGGCGAAAGAACAAACACUCGGAGUGCGGUACAUGGCAAUCAAGGGUUGACUAUGCCGGAAAGCCGCCCUUAUACUCUGGGGGACCAUGGCGCGCAUGGUGGCAUAUCAAGGAGGCGUGCUCCUCACCCAGAACACGACUUUACCAUAUUCGGCAAAUCGCUUUUGGAAGAACAAGCUAUACCGACGGGAUACAACAACAUUUCCCUGUCGGACUAUUAUGGGGAAAUGCGCAACCUAACGGAGAAUGCAGGCUCAGGCCAGGAAGCACAGGAGAGGCUCAAAAUAACAAUCGACAUAGAUAAACUUAUUCAAGGGCUUGCGGAUAAGGCAGUAUGCCUUGGGCCGUGCCCUGGAAUUAGGAGGAUACACGUUGACGAGGCAAUAAGGGAGUCGUGCUCUAAACGGUUCAUCAAGGGGAUAAAUGGAAGGGGCUCAACAUUUUGCACCGGCACAUAUAAUUGUCAAGUUAUACGAAUAGGUAAUCUUGAACCAGUAUACAUCUAG